UGCAAGAGCAGUACGUAUGUGGUGCAUUGUGGGAAACGCCAUUUUGUUCCGUUUUCGGUCGUGUUUGUGUCGUGAGCUUGAGACUCAGAAUCAGGUAGGCCUGGGUUCUUCAUCUAUAGUAGGCAACCUGAAUGCUUUAAAAUGGGAGGACUGACGAGUAUACAACGAUCAAAUGUACAGGAACUGGACAUUUCUGCAUCUGCCGCGUACAGAUAUCCCCCAAAGACAGGUUGCUACUUUGGCAGUUAUUUCAGUAUGGGUGGGCAGCGCUUUGACACCCCACAACCUGAGGCUUACCUCUUUGGUGAAAACACUGAUUUGAACUACCUCAGUACAAGACCUGCCCCGUUUCCCUACCCAUCACUCCAGCCCAAAGAGCCCAUCAAAACCCUCAAAAGUCUGGUCAACAUCCGGAAGGAUUCUCUCAAGCUGGUCCCAGCACUCAGGGACGAAGAGGAGAGAGGUGAUGGGCAUUAUUCCAUUGAGUUCACCUUUGACACAGAGGCGCGCACUGCCAUCACAGUCCACUUCUUUGCCCGUGAGGAGAUACAGACGGGCCAUGCUAUAUACACCGCCAGGGACCCAACCCUGAGAUCAGAGACAUUCCACUAUGAGCGUGGCUCCAGUCAGACCUUCUACCAACCAGCAUUCACCUUUGACCCCUCCACAUUUGACGAUGAUGAGUUCAACUAUAACCCGGCCAAGGAUGUCAUCCCCAUUGUGAUCCAGUGCAUCGUGGAAGAAGGUGAGGAGCAUGCGGGCCACAGCCAUGCCCUCCUAGCCACGCUGGAGCAGACUGCCGAGGCCUCCUACUACAUCAAGCCGCUCAAGCAGAAGCAGAUGGUGGACGGGGUGUACUACAUGCUGCAGGAGAUCUUUGGCAUUGAGAACAAGAACUCUGGUGAACCGGGCAAGACACCUGAAGAGGAUGAGUUUGCCGAUGACAUCGGAUCAGACUGUGUCAUCUGCAUGUCAGACCCCAGAGAUACACUCAUCCUACCCUGCAGGCACCUCUGCCUCUGCAGCACAUGUGCUGAUUCCCUGCGCUAUCAAGCCAGUUGCUGUCCCAUUUGCCGUGCACCUUUCCGAGCACUUCUGCGAAUAAGGGCACUGAGGAAGAUUGGCUCCACAGCCGUGACUCCAAACGAAGAUGAAGAGCACCAGACAAGCCAAGAGAACGUUCCCAGUGGAUAUGAAGCUGUGCCCCUCGGUGAAGCUCUCAACGGUCCAAGUCCAAUCAGAGCUGGGGCAGAAGGUGGAGCAGGAGAGAGGCUGCUUGGAUCUGCGUCCAGUGAAGGCCGAUCAAGGAGAAGUCGAAAGAAGGGUAGGACUAGCUCAGCCGCUUCUGUGCGCAGCCGCACUAGCGAGGACCAGUCGGCCGGCUACCGGGAGGAGAAUGAGACCAAGACCAACCCUAUGGCCAAUGGCAGUGUGCGUUCCUUGCCUGAUGCCAAGAAGAAGGCCAAAGUGCCGAUGGCUACCCCAGCAACAGGAGAUGUUGUGGAGCUGUUUAAAGAUGAGACAAAGUUGGCCAUGCCUCCCUUGGCCUUGCGUGAGACUCCACCCAGCUCUGCUUCAGCCGACAGCAAAUCUAGCCAUAGUACCGCCUCCCCGCAGAGCAUAUCCCAGGAAGGCUCGCUGACCUCUGAACCUCAACUGCGGUCAGCUAGGAAGGGGUCGCUGAAGUCCAAUCCGUCCAGAGACGGGAGCCAAAUGUCCUCAGAUUCCCAGACUCUAGACAGGCUUGUGGUCCAUGGAUUACAAGAGACUUCAAUCGAUGGUGAUGAUUAUCCAGAGACCAAUUCGACACUGGCCCCAGUCAUGUACGAUGAGACAGAGGAGCCCCAAAUGGCUGAGCUGUCGCAUACCAGUGCCUCGCUGGGUUACACCAUGGACCUGGAGCUGCCUGGUACCCCGCAGAGCAGCGACCCCAACGUUGGCAUAGGUGGUGGGGUGAUGGGGAACCGUGACAGCCAGGCAAGCUUCAGCAGCACCAGCAGCACCCGACAGCUGCUGGCCUCUACACCUAGCAACAUCCAGCUGGAAGAAGCUCACGAGCAGAUGGUGUAGGGCACCAUGAUUGUAUCCUGGCAUGCAACUUAAGUACUAUUCAAGUACAUUUGCUAUUGAUGUGUAUGUGAAGUACUCGACUGUAACCUCGCCUUACAUGCAACAUUCUGUCACCUGAAUGCCAGAUAAUGGAUUUGGAGCUGUGGUCAAAAGUGUCCGUUCACUUUGGACCGAGUAUAUUUAAUUACAAUGUGUUAGAUGUCACCCAUCCCUGGCUAUCAAUCUUUUUGUAGCUGGUCAGUGAUUUUUAAACACUUGUCUUGUAUAAUUUAGUUGAAGUUUUGACCAGUCAGCUUCAGCAUAAAGAACAUUACAAAGAACCGUGAAAAUCUCAAAAAUUGUAAUGAGUUCCUCCAGUCCAAUUGUAUGUAAAACUUUUGAUUGAAACCGUGAGGCUGGGUCAUAUCCCAUACAAUGAAAAGCUAUACAUAAUAGACUUGACAAAUCACUGUAACACUGUACUAUAGUACAGUGUUACAGGGGUGUUAUCGCUUAUGAGUUAUGUCGACCCUUGGAAGAAAUAGUUGGUUAUGUUACUUCUUUAGAUGAGAAACGUUUAAAGCCAGGGAAAAUACAGCUCAAAAUAAAAGCUGAAUUUUUAAGCUCCCACCACUUAAUAGCUUGGUAAAUUAGUUUGGUUUCUUGUGGUUUCUCUUUGAGUGUGUACAACUCCAUUUAGUUUGUGUUCCUGUGUUUUUGCAUCAGCGUGAAAAAAAAUUUAUGUCCAGCAUUCACGUAACCUGAAUAGCAUGUAUACGUUGCUAUAGAAUAUUUGUAUGAUUGGCUUGCAGACUAUUACUGAUCUGUCAUGAAAUGGUCAAGUUCAUUUUGCUCUGAUAACUGAUCUAGAAUAAAAUUCAGGAGUUUUAAAUGCACUCACAAAUGCAUGAUGUUGGAUAACCCCCAAGAAGAAACAUUGGUUGAUUUUAUUUUUCAUAAAUUAAAAAGAUUCCUAUGUCAGAGUAUUGAAAUGCUCCAGGACCAAGUCACUUGCAGGAUUUUCUUGGCAACUAGUUUUAACCCCAUCUUGGUUGGAAACAAAAAGCUCAGAAUCAUGAAACAGAAACCUAAAAAGCCAACUUCCAUCGUGUGUAAUUUUCCAGGAAGCCUGCAUUGAAAAGUGUAUCAUGUUUAAAGUGUCUGGUGUUGCAGUUGAGGGUUGCAGUGCAUGAGUUGUCCUUCAAGUUCCCUAUAGACCUUGCAUUGUGUGACUUGGCCUUCUAAUACAGAAAUGUAAUUAAAUGUACAUAUAUGUUGAAUGUUCAAAAUAAAUUUUUAUAUUAAUGACGGGAUGAACUUUUUGCAGAUAUGAUUGUAAAUGUUUUUAUUUCCUUCAAAAGCUGAGUUUUUGUCUUAUUCAUAGCAGUCAUUCACUUGUGUGCCAGAUGCACACAUUGAAUAAUUAUAUGUAAAAAUGAAGCUUUCUGUAAGCAGAGAUGUGUAAAUAAAUGAUCACUAAAAAACUGUGAGCACAGAUGCUUCAUCAAGCAUGGAAAAAAUGCAACUAAUUUGUUUGUGCAUGUUUAAGAAAUUAUUUUACUAUUAUUUAAUAAGUCUGAUUGGAAACAGUGCAGUAUCCAUUAAGUGUAUUUCAGUAUCUAUGUAGUAAAGCAUUACUUUGUUAAUGAAAGAAUUCCUAUUAAUUGUUCAAAUAACAACCUGAAAACAUGACUCCAGGAAAUCGUGGUAUCAUGCUAAAAUCUGCUAAAAGUUGACGUAAGGCUCUAUUUUUAAGAGUUGUUGUGUAGGUCAUGGUUACUGUCCAAGCUCUUCCGUAGUACAGCUGUCAAUAUUACCUUAAUUAGACGUGCACCUUCUCUCUCAAAAUCAGUUGAUUUCCUCUUUUUUGCGGCCGGGUGGGCACUAUUACCGCAAAAUACAUACAAAACCUGGUGCCAUUGGAAUAGCCCCUCGCCCCACCCCUUUCCUCUGAAUUCCCAGUUGCAUGUCUGCCUAACGUAUUCAGAGAAAGCAUUUUCCUUGUGAAAAUGAAGAGAUUCAAAAUAUUGUUAAUCUAGAGUAUGAAUUAAACACAUCACCGUAGUGAGAAAUUAAA